AUGCGCUCUCACCUCAACCGCGUCGUCUUUCGCAAACUGCUGGCCAGCGAACCCAUAGCACACCGCGGCUGUCUUCGUCCACACCAACACACACCGCCAUGUCCGCCUCAUAUCCAAGUCCUCCCGAGGGCUCAACGCCGCUUCUUUAUGAAUAUCUUCAAAAAACCUCAGCGUGUGGCCUCGGAACCGAGGAUGGCUCCCGGCCUGGAAAAGAUGAUGGAAUACUCCAAGAUGGAAAGACUCAGCGCUAGACUGCCACCGCCCGAAGACGUCCUUAAAGCCGUCACCGACUUUUUGCACUCUAAAUGGGACAAGAACAACGGCACAAAAGCCAUACCCGACGUCCAUGCUCAACAUCUUCUUCGCUGUUUAAACUAUCUGGAUCAACACCUUGGCCUGUCAACCCUUGAACCCGACAUGCUCCGCCGAUGGAUAGAAGUGUUUGAUCAUCGCGCCCAUAGAAAAUCUUCUAUUUAUCGAGAGCUUGUCGGCCUUCUAUACAAUGCUCUCUGUCAGAACAGAUUGCAGAUCAGUGAACGCUUGACGAUGAAAGAUGUCAACGUCUAUAUCAAAGCUAUGUGUGCUGUAGGAGGUACAGAGUCAGCUAGAGACGAAGCUAUCAAAUACGGACGAAACUACAGCGACACGGUAGGCUACAAGCCCUUACCCUCAUGGGAGUACAUUAUCAAGGGCUUUGCAAGGGAACGAAACGAACAGGAACUUCUUUGUACUCUUGAACACAUCGAUGAGUAUGCCACCGAAGGAUCUAGAAAAAUGGCCAUCGAAAGAAUACUUAGCUUUUAUCUCAAUGAGGAAAACAUCGAGAAAGCGACCGAAUGGUAUAACAAAGUCAAGGAGCAUACUGUUAAGGUGGAAAGUUUCCAGCGUUCGCAACGGAAACUGCUCAGUCUUAGCAUGCAUACGUCAAACUCGAAGCUUGGACAACUUGUCAUUCGAGACAUAACAGCAGGAACACCAACUAAAUAUCAAUGGGAUACGAUGUUAGAGUGGGCUGUAGCGACAGGCAAAGGGGCUGAUGAGAUUGAUCGCAUGAUCAGUGUUAUGGAACGAGCCAACCAAUCUCUUCCGAAGGAUGAAUGGCGUAUCCCUGAUACUCGCACUUUGAACUUGCUAGUCAAGGUGGCUGUUGAUCGCAAAGAUCCAUAUCUCGCCGAACGCCUGAUUUCUGUAGGCGGAACAAGGAAUAUCCAACCGGAUGCACUAACCCUCAUCUACCAGAUGCAGUAUCGUCUCGCCGUCAAGGACGUGGAUGGUGCUUUGACCGUGUACAAGCACUUACAGUCUCAUGACCUUUCGAAGAACGAUGACGUCUCUGUUGUCAAUGAGCUCAUCCGGACUAUGUGCGCUUCUGGACGACAGGACUUUGACAGCAUCAUGAACGUCGCAGCAGAUCUCUCAGAUCGACAAGCACCUUUCGAGCCUGAGACCGUGUCCGCGUUGUCGGUGUUGCAUCUUUCUCGUGACGAGGUACACGACGUAAUUGAUCUGAUCAACACUCACGUCUAUAGCUUUGACAUGGCUGGACGUGCAUCUGUACAGAGCACCCUGAUCGAUUAUUGUCUCAGGCCUUCGACGACGACAGCUCAGGCAUGGGACACCUACAUCAUCUUGAAGCAGGUCUUCGACGACACUGCUCGGGAGCAGCGUGUCAAAGUCAUGAACGAUUUCUUUAGACGGCAGCGUCCAGAUAUGGCAGUGCACGUCUUCAACCACAUGCGAGCGCACACUCGUCAGGAUACCAUUCCCACGGUCGAUACAUAUGUGGCAUGUCUGUCCGGAAUUGGUAAAUUGAGGGACGAAGAAAGCCUCGAGGUCGUCUACAAUCAGCUCAAACUGGACUUCAACAUCGAACCAAACACACAUCUCUACAAUGCUUUGAUGAAAGCGUACACGAGCUGCGAGGCUCCCAGGACAGCACUGGGCUUUUGGGACGAUAUUGCAACAAGUCUUGAGGGGCCCAAUAUCAACAGCAUCCACCUUGCAAUGAGAGCAUGCGAAGACGCGCCAUGGGGCGACGAAAAGGCACGCAAGAUUUGGGUCAAGUUAAGGCGCACUGGCAUCGAGCUCGACCAAGAUCUCUGGGCCAGCUAUGCCGCAGCUUUAGUAGGCAACGGACAUGUAGAGAACGCUAUUAGUUCGUUAGAGGAAGCACAUGUCGAACAGGGACUUGACAUGGAUACUCUUGUAAUCGGAUCGCUGUACAAUGCUGCUCCAGGGCAAGUCAAAAAGGGCGUGGUAGAGGCCUGGGCAAAGGAGAGAUAUCCAGAGAUCUGGGCCGCAUUGGAAGAUAUAGGCACACGCGUCUCAGAGCAGACCCAGCUCCCAGAGUUCAAGAUCGAUAGAGAAGUCGAGGCAUAG